AUGUCUGACCCGGCUCCCGCAGAAACUCCCGCAGAGGCGCCCGUAGACGCACCCUCACCCACACAAGCGCCCACAACAGCGCCCACAACAGCUCCCACAGAGGCCGAACCUCAACCCCAUCGAGAUGAAGUCGAGCUGGGGCCAGGGGAGGAUCACGACGACGACGACUAUGAUGGCUACGAGUCAGGCGAUGGUUCAUCCGCUUCCAGCCUUGUCUCGCUCCAGUCCAUGAUCUUUGCGUACCACGAGGAAAAUGGGCGAACCUACCAUGCGAUGAGCGCCGGGAAAUACUUCAUGCCCAACGACGCAUCUGAAGUAGAACGUCUCGACUUGCAACACCAUAUUUUUCGAUUGACGUUUGACGACGAGAUCUGCCUGUGCCCCAAAAAGGAUGGCGCAAAGCGAGUCCUUGACCUUGGGACAGGGACGGGGAUUUGGUGCAUCGACUAUGCGGACGAGCAUCCCGAGGCAGAGGUGAUUGGGGUAGAUCUCAGUCCAGUCCAACCAGAAUUUGUUCCCCCAAAUUGCUCAUUUGAGAUCGACGAUCUAGAAAAGUACUGGACCUGGACGAAACCAUUCGACUUCAUUUUUAGCCGCUUUAUGACUGGGAGCUUUGCCGAUAAUGCCGCCAUCGUGAGGAAGGUGUAUGACCAACUCGAGCCCGGCGGAUAUUUUGAGGCACAGGAUAUGGCCCUCCCCAUCGGUUGCGACGACGGUACCUUUACAGAGAAGUCGGAUCUCUGGACCUGGAUGACCUGGCUAAUGAAGUCCAUGGAAACGAUGGGUCGCCCCCUCUCGGCAGCCCAGAAAUGGAAGCCGCUGAUGGAGGAGGCCGGGUUCGAAGAUGUCGUCGAAUAUGUUUACAAAUGGCCGACCAACAGUUGGCCACGCGACCCCAAGUAUAAACGACUAGGUGCGUGGGCUCUCCAUGACAUGGACCCCGUUCUAGAGUCGGCCAUCUUGGCGCCGAUUACUCGAGCCCUUGGCUGGAGUCAGGAGGAGGCGAUCGUACUUGCGGCGAACGCGAGGAAGGUUUUGCGGGAUACAAAAGUCCAUGCCUAUUGGCCGAUGUCAGUGCCCCCUGAGGUCAAAUAG